GCUGUCAGCUGCGCCGGAAGUUCCUGGCCAGGCCUGGCGGUAACCUUGGAGUCUCAGCCGGUGGUGCUGCCGCCGCCGUCGCCGCAGGGGUGGGCUUUGGGAGUCCGAGCCUCAGCCGGAGCCAGGCCUGUUAGGUGCCAGGAGCCGCCGGAGUUGCGCGGGAGUUCGCUGAGGAUCUCGGGGAGCAGGAACUGUGGGCGCAGGGCCGCCCAGCCGACAUGUCUCUAGUUGCGGAAGCCUUAGUCUCCCAGAUCGCAGAUUAGAUCAUCAAGAGGUGGACUUUGGAACUAGACUUGUUUAUUAGGUCACAGCACUUUGAUGCUGUGAUAUGAGUGGAAUACCCUGAAUUGAGUGGAAUAGACAGAUCAUCUGGCACCAGAAAUACUUAUCACCCAACUUGAUACUUGAGAGAAUACUGCAGCUGCAGAACCUUGGCCUGAAAAUGCUACAUUGUAUCAGCAACUGAAAGGGGAGCAAAUUUUGCUUUCUGACAAUGCAGCUUCUCUUGCUGUGCAGGCCUUUUUGCAAAUGUGUAAUCUGCCUAUCAAAGUGGUCUGCAGGGCAAAUGCAGAAUAUAUGUCUCCAUCUGGUAAAGUACCUUUUAUUCAUGUAGGAAAUCAAGUAGUAUCAGAACUUGGUCCAAUAGUCCAAUUCGUUAAAGCCAAGGGCCAUUCUCUUAGUGAUGGGCUGGAUGAAGUCCAGAAAGCAGAAAUGAAAGCCUACAUGGAAUUAGUCAACAAUAUGCUGUUGACUGCAGAGCUGUAUCUUCAGUGGUGUGAUGAUGCUACUGUAGGAGAGAUCACUCAUGCUAGGUAUGGCUCUCCUUACCCUUGGCCUCUGAAUCAUAUUUUGGCCUAUCAGAAACAGUGGGAAGUCAAACGUAAGAUGAAAGCUAUUGGAUGGGGUAACAAGACUCUGGACCAGGUCUUAGAAGAUGUAGACCAGUGCUGUCAAGCUCUUUCUCAAAGACUGGGAACACAACCAUAUUUCUUCAAUAAACAGCCUACUGAACUAGACGCACUGGUGUUUGGCCAUCUGUAUACCAUUCUUACUACACAAAUGACCAAUGAUGAACUUUCUGAGAAGGUGAAAAACUACAGCAACCUCCUUGCUUUCUGUAGAAGAAUUGAACAACACUAUUUUGGCAAAGGCAGCUCAUCUAUCAGAUUGUCUUAGAGUUAUGUGUAAAUUUAGUUAUUAUUAAAAAAUUUAAAUUUUUGAAAUAUGUGUUACUUGAAUGAUGUAAUAGAUAAUAGUAUCAGAAUUCAAAGCCCCAAAUACUGCUCUUCAAAACCUCAGAGAAAAUUAUAUAAUGUAUCAUAUACAUGUACUUUGUACUGUUACUUGUGUCUACAUUAAAAUAAUUUUAAAUGAUUUCAUUUGAUAUGUUGUACCCCGUAUCUUUGAAAUUUUUGUGUUUUUGGCACAUGUAUGCAUAUAAAAAUAAAGCUCAAACAACUAAA